CGACUGCGGAGGGAAGAGCUAAACUUUAUAAGAAUGUCUGCAGUCUACUGACUAACACCAGUCUCAGAAAUCCCUGCAGAUUGCUUCUCUGACUUCAGCUCCAGAGCAGAAAUGUCUGUUAUCACUAUCGUGGCUCUCCUGGUUUUCCUGACUAUUCCAGAGGGUAUCAGCCUGGGGGAUCAAGGAGUUGUUCUGCGAUGCCAGUGCAUCACAAAGGAGAGAAAGCCCAUUGGACGUCACAUAGGACAGGUGGAGGUGAACCCUGUCAGCUCUCACUGCAACGCAAUCGAGAUUAUAGCCACUCUUAAAAAGAACGGGCAAAAGAUUUGUCUUGACCCUGAUGCCCCCUGGGUCAAAAAAGUGCUUGCGAGGAGACAGGUUGAGCAGGCACCUUGAAGAACGGAGCUUCACAGAUUUGACCCAGAUGUAAAGAAGGAGUUAUUAGGUUCGGUUCAAAGUGGAAACAUGUACUGCACUGAGGGAGAACCAAGAGUUGGUUUUGCUUCAUGAGAAAGAACUUUGUUUCAGCUGUGAUAAAGUCAUUUAUACUUUGACGCAAAGCUAUACUGUGCACUAUAUGUUGAACAUCAUAUGUCUGCUUACUUCAGAGGAGAUAUUGUUGUAUGCAAUUAAUAUAUUUGCAUUUGAAAUGUGCAGCAAGAAUUAUGUAAAGAACUGUAAUAAAAAAAAAUAGGCUACCUGUGCAAUAAAAUAAUAAAAGUCA